UACAUCGCUGAAAUGUAAAUUUCCAGGCGCUGGACAUCACUGUGCUGUUGCCGGUGCGACCGCACGUUGAUACAGGUACGCUUUGAAAUGGGAAAGCUCAAGGCUAUCUGCCGCUGCAAGAUAAAAGCUGCCAUAGCUUACAAUCUUAUUCUAAAUUCUAUCAUCCUCCCGGCGACAUUAUUACACCUAUCGUGAAUAAUCACGAUGAUUAUUCUUUUAUUAAUCGCUUCUCUCAUUUCAUCAAUUAAUGCCACAGCUGUAGUAUCUCGUUCACAAUCCUACCCAUCAUCUCAGCCCGCCGUAUAUGGCCCAAAGACCAGACUGACCAUAGGUAAUGGGGUCGUCGCUCCCGAUGGCUUCAUACGCGCAGCAACUCUUGUUGAUGGCGUAUUCCCUGGACCCUUGAUUGCAGCGCAGAAGGGAGAUCACUUUGAUAUCGAGGUGGUCAACAAUCUCAGGGACGACAACAUGUUUACACUCACCAGCGUCCACUGGCACGGUAUCGCCCAGAAUCGGACGAACUAUGCUGAUGGGACGUCCUUCGUCACUCAAUGCCCCAUUACGCCGGACCACUCGUUUUUGCACUCUUUCUCCGCCCCGAACCAAGCAGGCACUUACUGGUAUCAUAGUCAUUAUUCCUGUGAUGGUCUCAGAGGACCGCUGGUAAUAUAUGAUCCUCACGACCCCUUGGCAUACAUGUACGACGUCGACGAUGCAAGCACUGUGAUCACACUUGCCGACUGGUAUCAUUAUAUGGCCAAAGACUUGAUUGGCAAGAAUCCUACUCCCCAGUCUAUGCUCAUCAACGGACGCGGUCGCUAUGCUGGUGGCCCCGAGCAUAAUCUCUCUGUCAUCAGCGUCGAGCAGGGAAAGCGAUAUCGCUUCCGCCUGGUUCAAAUGUCAUGCGACGCCAGCGUUCAGUUCUCUAUUGAUGGCCACAACUUAACUGUCAUCGAAGCGGAUGGACGGCUAACGGAACCUCUGGUGGUAGAUCAGCUCCAAAUCUUAGCGGGCCAGCGCUACUCUGUGAUUCUGGUGGCCGAUCAGCCGGUGGAUAACUACUGGUUACGCAGUCUUCCUGAUGCGGCCGGUGCGACCUACGAGGGGGGAACGAACACUGCUAUCCUACGCUACAAAGGCGCCAGAAUGGCCGACCCGACUACGGUCAAUACUUCAUCCAUCAACCCAUUGGACGAGACCAAUUUGCAUGCUCUAAUCAAUCCCGGUGCUCCUGGCACUCCAGGGUAUGGGAAGGCAGAUAUCAACCUCAACCUCGAGGUUUCCCUCCCCGGCGUACAAUAUCUCGUGAAUGGUGUCUCAUACCAACCACCCACCGUUCCUGUUCUACUCCAAAUUCUUACUGGUACAGACCCUUCUCACCUGCUCCCAAACGGGAGCGUCAUCACUCUCGAGGCCAACAAAGUGGUAGAGUUGACAUUGUCAACGACUGGUCCAGGUGGACCCCAUCCGAUACACCUUCACGGACAUUCCUUCGAUGUCGUACAGAGCGCGGGCUUCGCAGGCAACAGUACCCUCAAUUAUGUGAACCCAGUUCGUCGCGACGUGGUAAACGCUGGAAGCAAUGGGCAACAAAUGGUGAUACGAUGGGGUGACCGACAAUUCGGGCCCCUGGUUCUUGCAUUGGCGGGUACUAACUCUGAACCAAAAGUCACAUUGACUGGCACCUCGAAGCGUAUGGGUUUUGCCGUGAUAAUGGCAGAAAGUCCUUCAGAUACCAGCGCACAUGUGGGCCCCGUGCCAUACGAAUGGGAUCAGCUAUGUCCGAUUUAUGAUCAUGAGACAAACCUCACACGCUAA